AUGCAGCUCAAUAUCAUCCUCUUCGCAGCCGUCCUGGCCGUCGCCGCCAGCGCCGCGCCUGCCCCUCCCUGUCCAGAAUGCGCACUUCCCCCCAAAAAGGGUGUCAGCAAGAAGAUCCCCGUCAAAAUGUGCACUGAGCCAAUGCUAAAGGGCUACUGCCAGGAACAGACGUUCAUCUCCGGCGAGUGCAACAAUAUCAUGGGCAAGAUCGACAACUCGAUGAGCAGCAUCUGGACGAUGCGGAAUUGCGAGCUGUUUGAGAACCCUAACUGCCGGGGGCGCAAGGUGAAUGUCAAGCACCCUGGCUGGGCGAAUUUUCAUGGUUUCGAUAAUAUGGUUAGCAGCCUGAGAUGCUUUUAG